AUGCAUAAAGUAGUGUGUGUACUCCUUUUCACCAGUAGGGAGCCUGGUCACACAAAAGAUGAGGAUGAGGCAGUCGACUCCAAAACGCUUCAAGAAGACACUAAGCAAAUACCCAUAAUUCCCGGCCUUUCUAGUGGUUUGGGCACAAUGAUCUACGCAGGCAGUAUCGGGACCCAAAUCGCCAAAGAGCUCAUCGACACCUACAGCAGGAUGAACUCUUCUCCAUCAAGCGGAGCUUCCAGUCCGUUUGCCUCGGCCCAGGAGAAAUGUCCACUGGUUUCGCCUCAAACCAGCAGGAGUGCAUCCAGCAGAGAGGACACAGCAGGCAGUUCUUCCCUGUCCCAGUCUGACUCAAGGACGGCAGUGGGCAAGGGCAGUCCAACGUCUGAAAGCACAGGUGAAUCGUCCCAGCUAGACUUGGACAACAUGGUGGUGCCAGGCCUGAGCAGCUUUAGCAACGACGAGGCAGCCUUGACGGUGAUCCUGAGCCUGCUGGAGAUGGAUAUAAACAUGGGUCAGUCGGGUCAGUUUGAGGACUUGCACUGGCCUUUCUAGCGGGCACGCUGACCGUCUGCCCCUCUACGUGCUCUUAUGCCGUUUUCUUGCCAUUUGCCAUGAACGUUACAUUUUGCCACCAACUAAUCUGAUGUCGCACAACUGACCCCACUGGUGUCAAGAGAGGCUUGCUGCAGACACAAGAGGGCAGACCUCAACCAUGUGUGGAUGAUGCUAGUGCAAACUUGUUACAGAAAAGAUAAGUACACACAUGUUGAAAUGGUAACUAAGGGGAGCUGUUUUAUUCUCAGUUUGGGUCAAUGAAGAUAAUUUGUUGAGUUAUUUUAUUUCAGAUAAAUCAAGGCUUGAAUAAAUCCUCAACUGAAUAAAUGUUAAGAUCACAAAAUAGAGUAACAAGUCAAGUCAACUACCACAAAUUGUUAACAUAGGUUAAUAAUGGCAGUAAGUGAUACUCUUUUUGAAGGCACAAGUAAACAACCAGUUUCGCAUACUACAACACUGAAAGCUCCAGUAAUGAAAGAACUGGGAAAAUACCAUAUUCCUAAAUGUAAAUUUAUACUUUUAAAAUCGUGUAUUGUCAUUACAAAGUGAAACUCUAUGGAAACUUUUUUAAAAAAUAACUAAUGUUUCAGAAGCAAUUGCAUCUGCUGUGAUUGUCACACGUCCUGUAUGGGUUAGGUCCACCUUCUUGUGUCUAGAGUACGGACCUCAUCACUAGACUUUUACAAUAAGCUGCAACAUAAAUUAACCAGUAAUACACAGUUGGAUUUUACCAGCUAGCUACAGCUAAAAAUAGUUUGUGCUAAGCAGGCGCCCUUGAAGUCAGAGUCGAGGGUGCUGUGAAAAAGUAUAUUUAAUUAUGAUGUAUAAAAAAAAUCUAAUGAGGAGCAGUAGUGCAACAUAAGUGGUUUUAGUAUUAAUUUAAAGGUAGGGUUGGUGACUUCUUUCUGAAAAUCUUUGCAUGGUAUUUGGUAAAAUCCUCUUCAUGUCUUCAUGAGCAGAAAGUGUUUUCUGCUCUAUAGCCUUUCCAGGAUGACCAACCCUGGCUUUAAGUGACCAACAGCAUGUUAGAUAGAUAGAUAGAUAGCUACAAUGUACUUUUACAUCAGUUUCAGAACCGGUUUUAUCAAACCUAAACACAUAUGUGCCGUGUGUCGAACACAGACAAUACACCAAAUGUUCUCAAAACCAAGUAUUAUGUAAAUGCAUCUAUGCUACACUAAAAAUUAUUUGCUUAAUGAAUUAUUUUGCCUUGCAGUUGCAUCCCCUCACAGUAGGAGGCAGUGCAACCCCUUUUAGCUCCCUAAUUCCCAAAGACCAUCAAAACCAACCUAGGGAACCUGGUUCAGGGAGUUGCUUUGUGAUGGGACUGUUUCUGUUUUGUAAUAGAAUACAUACUUGAAUAUUAACUUGGUUUACAAUUUUGGCUCCACAAGGGCCAAUCUUUAGCAAAACAAGAAACCUUCCCAUUUUUUCAACAGAGGAAUGUGAGAAGCGUCUGCUCCGGGAAAGAUAUGUCUGUCAAAAGUUUAAAAUAUGAGUAUCCACUGAGUAAACUAAGCGGUGAGUGGUCUUUGAAAUAAGGAUUUCUCUAUAUGUGUUGAAAUAUCGAAUGUGCACUAAAGGACUGAGCCCAAAGAUUCCUAUGCUGUGCUCGCGUAACACACACUUGCUGUACUCUUGACGGUUCUAUGGAGGACAUCUACUGUAUCCUGAAUUCGUGGGGAAGGGGGCGCAUCGUGCAUGUGAGAAUGUUUUCCAGUGUUAACAAUGGACAAGCCAGUAUUUUAAAAGACAGACUUUAGUGUCAUGUCCUCGCUCCUUCCCCAACCUGUUGCUCUAAAAAGUAUUUGCCUUUGACUACAGAGAAAAAGAAAGCCAUUGUAUAUAUGUUGCUGUGUGUCUAGUGUUGAAUAUCCCAUUGCCACGCACGCUUUUUCUAUUCUGGGUCUAAUUGGUGGAGAAGCAGAGCUGAGAAAUCAGUUUUCACACCAGCACUACAGCCACAAGACAGGUUUAUGGUCUGAUUGAAGGGUACAGCCUCAGACGUGAAUGAUUAUACUACAGAGCUAUUUAUAUCCUUAUGACCUUAUUUCAAAAUCAGUUGGGUAACAGCGCCGGUGAACUGGGUCUGACAAGCGGAGGAAAGGGCCUUAGCAAAAAAUAAGUACUUUAUAUUUGACCCAGAACGUGACCCCUGGACUGUUCGCUACACUGACAUCAACAGUGUCAGUGUGUGAUGGUGGAUUCUAAGCCUGGUGACUGGACUUCAUAUGUAAACCCUGGUUUUAUCACUGGUUCCUCUAGUCUUUAAAGCAUUAUGUGAUUGUGUUGCCUUCAGCACGCAUGGUACUGGACAAUAUUUGGAGUUUGCCACCGGUGCCAUGCGAAAUGGAGACUAAUGCAUUGUGAAGCUGCCCUGCUUGGAGACAAAAUGUCUCAUAUGGGUAUGUGCAAACUGUUGUUGAUGUAUCUGCUGUAACAUGGAAUGGAGGUUGGAGGUUUUGAAAG